ACCGCCCUCUUUUCUCGAGCACACACACAAAAUACACCAUCGCACCACAGUCCACACGCACCCAAGAAUGGCAGUUGAAGCUUCUACUACAUGGAACAUCUAGGGCUCGUAGGAGAAGACGACAAGUAGCAGACAUCAAAAUCAUCUCGGAGGGUAACAAAAUCGAGAGCAGUAGUAAGCCAUGGCCUUCCUCCUCCCCAAGCUCCCCACGCCGUCCUGCAGAUCGCCGCCCAAUCCGCCCAAAUCCCAGUUCGCCCUGUCGGCCGGCGGCAGGUUCCACGGCUCCGGCUCGGCGCAGGGCGCGGCCCCAAUCCACCUCAACUUCCCGCUCCUCCUAAGCGCCUCGCAGCAGGAAGCCCCCACGGCCAAGUCCGGGGACACCAGGAGCCGGGGCGCAAGCGGCGGCGGCGGGGACCCGCGAAGGUCCGAUUUUUACCUCAACCUUGGGACGGCGGUGCGCACGCUGCGCGACGACCUGCCGGCCGUCUUCGUCCGGGAGCCCAAUUACGACAUCUACCGCGAGGACAUCACAUUUGUUGAUCCGUUGAACACUUUCCAUGGGAUUGAUAACUACAAAACAAUCUUCUGGGCUCUCAGAUUCCACGGGCGUCUGCUAUUCAGUGAAAUUGGGCUUGACAUAUCACGCAUUUGGCAGCUAUCAGAGAACUCCAUAGUUGUGCGCUGGGAACUUUGGGGCACCCCGCGUGUCCCGUGGGAAUCAUAUGGCUGCUUCAGUGGCACAUCCAGGUACAAACUCGACAGGAAUGGAAAAAUUUAUGAGCAUAAAGUUGACAACUUGGCAUUGGACUUCCCCCGGCCAGUUGUCAAAGUGGGCAGGAUUGCUGACUUAGUAGUUGCUGCUUACCCGCCGAGCCCCAAUCCGACUUUCUGGAAUGUAGUUGGGGCAGACGAUCGAUGCUCAUGGACAAAGCUUUACCGAGCGGUGCUGGAGACUGUAGAGCGGGAAGGCGACAUCCCCACAGGCAUUUGCGUUGAAGGUCUACUCACUUGCGCAUAGAUGGAAUUAACUUCUGGACAAGCUGCUUGUCAGUAUGUUUUUCUAGAAAAAAAAUGUAUAGAAUGUGAGUACAUGAAUUAGCCACAUUUCUCUCUUUUUAUAUUGUAGCCAGCUCUAGAACAAUAGCAUUAGAUCAAAUACCUGCUAGAUGACUAUAUCUCAUCAACCUUGUUGUGUAGGAUAUUACUGCCAUUUGCUUACAUGUUGGGAUUUAAGGAUACAAAAGUCAUAGCUUUUCUUCA